GCAGAAAAGCGUUUGACGUGGCAUAGGGUCCGGAGAUGACAUAGUUGAACAUCACCGCAGCUAGCCUGCUACAUCUUGCUAUUCAAGUAUAGCCUACUGUAAGUAACGAUAGGUUUGCAGAAUAGGUGAGCGACACGAACGACCAAGACCGUCUGCUCUAAAGCAUGAAUCUCCCCAACGUGCUGCAAUCAGAGGAAAUGAUGUGGUUCUUCUUUUUCGUCAGCUUCCUUAACUGUGUGUCGGCCUAUGAUGUAGAUCUGAAGAAACUGGAUGGUCUCGCAAAAGCGAAGGUGGAGUCUUGCGGUGGAUGACAGCUGAACAGGCUGAGAGAGGUCAAAGCCUUUGUGACCCAGGACAUUCCUCUUUACCACAACCUGGUAAUGAAGCACAUCCCUGGGGCUGACCCUGAGCUUGUCCUCCUCAACCACUACUACGAAGAGCUGGACCGGAUUGCCCUGUCUGACAUGACCCGCUCUGAGAUCAACGAGCUGCUGGAGAAGUUGGGCUUCUACAAGAAGGCUCAGCCUGAGGACCAGGUCCCAGAGGAGUUCCGCUUCUCCCCUGCCAAGGACAGCCCCUUCAAUGCAACCCCCUCCUCUUCAGCCCCCGCAGACAACGCUUCCUCAGAUUCUGACGCAGAGGCCAAGCACUCUGACCUGUAAUCCUCACAGCAGUAAAGAGUCUGCAGUCUGUGUGGACCUGGACAGACAGGGUUACUCUCCUCCAGUGCUGGUCCAUGACCAGUUUGUUUCUGUAGCUCAUAACAUAAUUAUUUGGGACCAGAACACGGGACAAGCAGAUCCUGGUUCAGCACUUGGGGUAACUCUCUCUGUAGCAUCAGAAAAGGUUACACAAUUUUUAUCUUCCGUUUGUCCAUUUUUUCAGGUGAUGUGUAUGAUUUACCACUGUGUCAAGUGUCUUAAGGGGUCUCUCCUCUGAUAAUCUCUCUCGUGUGUCUAAUGACUUCCUGUCCGCUGUGGAACUGAAUGACGCCCCUGGCUGUAAAAUCUCCUGAUUGGCUUGGGGCCGAUGCAACGUGUCCUGGUGGGUAGGGCUUAGGCACACAAGGGGAUUCAAGUGAUGAGAUGACAAUUGUAAAACAAAAAGUUUAACUUUCAAUAUUUUUGUAUGAUGUCCCAUUUGUAGAAUGUCCAUCUUAAAAUCAAACUCCCAUUGCGCACCGCACACAGGAAAAAAAGUGUUAGAGUAGAAGACACACUGCUUCUUAAAUUGGUUUAAUUAAUUCACAUUCAUUGUGGUGUACAUAAACAUUGAAUUGACUGUGUCCAAACCUGUAUGUACAGGAUUAACAAGUUUGUGGAAACUUUCUGGUUGCAGAAUAUUAAAUUGCCGUAACCAUAUUUUCUUAACUCUGCAUUGUUGGAAAAGGACCCAUAAGUAAGACUUUUGUUGUUAGUCAACACCUGUUUACGAAACGUGACAAAAUGUAGAUUUAGUACAUUUCUCUAGUCUCAAUUAGUGAAAUAAAUCAAAACCAGUUCUAAAACCAACAAUAAAGAAACCAUAAAACAUUUUUAUUUAGCUAGAAUUCAGAAAAUAUACAUGGGCAAUAAAGUACAUUCAGCCUUUAUCAUUAAUAUUCUCCUGUCAUAAUCAACUGAGCUGAAAGCCAGCUUUCAUUGGGCCCAAGAAUUUAGAAGGGAAGUUGGCUGGUUCCUCUAGGUUCCGGCCUUUCCAGGGAAUUUUUCCUAGCCACCGUGCUUCUACACCUGCAUUGCUUGCUGUUUGGGGUUUUAGGCUGGGUUUCUGUACAUCAGUUGAUGUAAGAAGGGCUUUAUAAAUACAUUUGAUUGGUUGGCCUCUAAUAAACCUUUUCAUAUUCAAAUGUUUAUUUAACCAGGCAAGUCAGUUAAGAACAAAUUCUUAUUUAUAAUGACGGCUAAACCCGGACGACGCUGGGCCAAUUGUGCGCUGCCCUAUGGGACUCCCAAUCACGGCUGGUUGUGAUACAGCCUGGAAUCGAAUCAGGGUCUGUAGUGACACCUCUAGAGCUGUGAAGCAGUGCGUUGCGCCACUCUGGAGCCCACAAAUACUGACAUUACCAUAACAACCUAUUGCCUGUACAAACGUUUUCAUAGAUGGACUCAUGAAACAAAACUUCAAAGCAUAUGGUAUGACCACCAACAAAAAUGUUACCCAAGCAUAAUUAAAGAGCUGUGUGUUUCUAUGUG